CAUUUACGAUUAGCAACUCGCGGCGAACGGACGUGUGUAAAAAAUAGCCGGUGAGAAAAAACGAAGUGCGAUUGCCGAAGAAAAACAGAGAGAUUUCAAAUAAUAAAGAAAUGCAAAUGAAACAGAAGAAAAUAAAAAUAAAGCAAAGUGCGUGAUUUCCAUCUCCUCAGUGUUGUGAAAUUUCUAGCAGAGUCUAACGGCGAUUUGCGAAUGCCGACUUAAGAAGUGCGAAAACAAAAACGUGACGCCAGUUUAAAAUAUUCUCAAGCGAAAAUCAUGUGUUUUUUGUUAUACCCUGUGCUUUGUGUUUAAUGUAGCUGACGACAAACAAAAUAUUAGAAUCGUGUACGUCGGGAAUCCGAAUUCCAUCCCCUCGUGUUGUGUUAUUAUUGUAUUAAAGUUUCCUUUGCCAUUUACCACACACAACACAGAAAAACAACAACAACAAAACUAAACCAAAAUCGAACCAAAAACAAACCGCGAAUUUUGCAGGUUAGCCCACCCGAAAGAGGCAAAAAAAUCAAUUAUAUGUUGGCCAGUGCCGGGUUUGCAGUGGAAUCGGGUUGAAAGCCAUCGAUAGCCACACACGCCCACACACAUAAUGACGGAGCACCAGGCCGAGGAGCAGGCGGACACGCCGCCCACCAAGGUCAAGGCCACGCCCACACCCACCCCGAGUGGAAAGUUCAAGGACGCGAAGGAAGACGCCUUCCUGUCCACAUCGCCGGACAGCGCCAACGGCGAUGCCCAACACAAGCUGCCAGCGGACCAGCUGGCCAUGUCCUCCAGUGCGCAUCCCCAGCAGGCGGGCCAAGCCCGCCCGCUCAUCCUGCAAGCCUUCCACCGCUGCUCCUCGCCAGAACAGUGCGUCACGCUGCACGACAUCCUGGACUCCUUUAAGGCGCCGCUCUCCGAGGACCAGGCCUGGGCCCUGAUCCACCAGUUCGCCGGGCUCUACCACCAGGUGGCCGUACAAGCGCACACCUGUGCCGCGGACUACGAGGCCGCCCUGCCCACCGGAUUCGAGCUGCACUUCCAUCGCGACGGCAGCGUCCACUUCUCCGGCCCGGAUCAGCUGACGCCUAAGGAGCAACUGCAGCAGGAGCAGAUCCCCCUCCCCCCGCAGCACGACGUGAUUGUGGAUCAGCCGGACCACAGCGCCAGCAGCAGCGGCGACAGCAGCGUCAUCAACAGAGCGUUCGACAACAGCAAUCACCACCACCACCAUCAACAUCAUCACCCGCCGCUCGUCGUCUCGCAUAGAAAGAUUAUCAGCGAACUGGCGGAAAUCGUCUACACCGCCUUGGAUUACAAUCUGCCGGAGGACGAGGAGUGCCAAGUGUCACAGGAGCUGGAGAAUCUGUUCAACUUUAUGACGGCAGAUGAGACAGACGACGAUUGCAUUGACGAGGGCAUCGACGAGGGCGACAAGCGCUGGGACGACGAAUCCGAGGAGGAGCGCAACGAUACCAAAGAACUAGAGCACAUAAUCGAGACCUGCAGAAAUCACAUAAAAACCACCCUGCCUGAGAACCACUAUAGAGCUGUCUGCAGAGCCCUCGUGACGGAGACCAUAGAGCUCCGAGUAUUUCUGCAGCAGGUCCUGAACAAUGAAGCAGGUGCCGAGAAACUGAUCAAGGCGUCGGAAUCAUCGGCCACCACGCAACAAGAACUGGCGAAGCUGGGCUUCAACGACUGGGCACGCUUCUGGGUGCAGGUGAUCGACGAACUGCGACGGGGAGUGCGGCUGAAGAAGAGCAACCACGAGCGCACUCCCAUCGAAUAUGAGCUGACACCCUACGAAAUACUCAUGGGCGACAUCCGAGCCAAAAAGUAUCAGUUGCGCAAGGUGAUGGUCAACGGAGAUAUUCCGCCGCGCGUCAAGAAAGAUGCCCACGCCAUGAUCUUGGAGUUCAUCAGGUCACGGCCGCCGCUGAAGAAGGCCAGCGAUCGCCAAUUGGGCCCGCCGCGCAUGUGCGAGCCUUCUCCGCGGGAGCAGCUCAUGGAGUCCAUACGGAAGGGGAAGGAGCUCAAGCAGAUCACCCCGCCAGAAGCACCGACCCUCAGGGAAAGGGUGCUUCCAAGUGCAAACUCCACGCUGUCACGAUCCAGACAGCGGCUCAUCAAAGUGGACUUCUCCAAGUUUCAGGACGACGAUCUCUUCUACGAUGAGAACAGCAUCAGCAGCUCCCACUCCACAGCGGCCACCCACCAGCAUCAUCCACAUUUCGCCGAGAUGCACCGCUGCUCGCAGCCCAAGAUGCCGCCGUAUCCAUUCGGUGGCUACAUGGUGCCCAGUCAGGCACGACAAGAUUGCCGGGAGACGGCGUCGCUGAUGCGGCCCCGACGCACAAGUAUUUGAUCGUUUUUCUGUGAGCACACUGCUAACCUAGAUCGAUUAAUUAAUUUUUAUGAUUUUGUAUGACGCAAGCAAAGCCCUAGAAAAAUCGAGUGAACGAAAAGUUACCAAUUAUCGCACUAAGAUCAAAAAAAUCAAAUAGAAAUUUUGGUGUGGUGUGGGCCGAAGUAGCAAAUAACAAUUCAAAAUUGACGAUCGGUUGAGGAGGCACUCAAGCACACACAAUGAACCACACAAAUAUACAACAAAAAAAUCUCGAAAUAUUUUGUAAAAACAAAUGUGAAUGUAGAAAUAAAAGAAAGUCUACUGCAAUUCGCCCCUAGUAUUAUUUAUUAUUAUGGCACCCCGUAGCGGCUUUUAAUUUUGGUACUAACUUAAUUUUCUCGGCUGCCAAUAAUCGUAUAAAAAUAAUGUAUUUUUAACUUGACAAAAAAUUACGCUUACAAACAAAAUAAAUAUGUGAAAAACGAACAAAAUUAACUGCUGCCCAAUACGAAAAUGAAACCCGAUCAGUGGAGCCAGCAAAGCAGGUGCCGCCUCCAGAAGAGCCAUCCUUCACGAAGGACGAGUACCACAAGUUCUACGACACGGCCCUGGAAUGUAAAUAUUUGCUAAGAAACAGCACGUAAAACCGUAAUGCAUUGCCAUCUUGCAUGAUUGUCCCCCCUAUCGGAUAUCGAAAUUGCAUUUAGACGCUACACUAGUAUAUAUCACGCUACUAAACAGACAGCUUGCUUUUGAAAUACACAUCUGACAUUUAACAUUUGCCGCUUUUCCCUGCGCCUUCACUGUCCUUCAUCCUACGACCUGGCCACUCAGUGCGAGUCGAGGAGGGCUUCCUUGCGCCGCCACACCAUCGUUGGAUGCCAGAGCAACCUGGACGAGACGCACUCAAUGCCGCCCACGCGGCCCGAGUCGCGUCAAUCGGACGACGUCAGCAAGGAGACGCCUAAGAGAAGUCCUGCGGAGCAGACCCAUCCCUCAGACGAGGGCAGUUCAACAUCCUCGCUUGGGCCAUGGAACAAGUCCUUCAUGGACAAACAGACGUGGAUGGAACGGGGUGACGAUCGGCUGUCCGUAACGCUGGCGGAGAUCGUUCACAUCCGUUCCGUCAUGACCAAGGCGGAGCUGGAGGGCCUGCCGAUGGACGUGCGCGUCAAGGAGGAUGUUGAAAAGCGUCGCGUCUGCUUCCUGUGCCUGCGCACUCGGUUCUCGUUCUUCGGUCCCUGGGGCAUUCAGUGCAAGUUGUGCCAGCGCACGGUCUGCGCCAAGUGCUAUACCAAGAUGCGAAUUCCCUCGGAGCACUUCCGAAACGUGCCCCUCGUGCUGAUCUCGCCAUCGCUGCUGUCCAGUCCGGCCAGCUCGAGCACCCCAUCACCCUCCCAUCAUGCCCAGCAGGCGCACUCAUCCUCGACGGGGAACAUCAUGGACGACCAGUUCCCCAAGUCGUUGAUAGAGCGUCUUUUGCGCUCCGAGUCAGAUCGAAAGACUCGCAGCACUGUGGGCAGUGCCCCAUCCUCACCCAAGCACCAAAGAUCAAACAUGAGCACGCCCGGCAUUAGCGUGGGACCCGGAGCAUCCUCCUCCUCAGCGGCCGCCACUGGACAGGCCGUGGAGGCACUGCACGACCAGGCGACCAUGUCGUCCUCGUAUUCCGCGGCCAUGCGACCCUCUGGCGUCCACCAGCAGCAGAAGCAGCACUACAACAACGCCAUGUCGAGGAGCAUGGAGGGACCCCGAAGUCUGCCCGUGCACAGUCCAGCAUAUCGACCGCUCUCCAAUAACAGCACCUUGGAGAGGAAAUCCCGCUUUUCGAGGGGAUUCAACCUGUUCUCCUCGGGCAGCCAUCUUGCCCAGACGCAGGAGCAAAAGGAGAACCUGCGCGGCGAGCAGGUGACCGUGUGCAACGACUGCCAGGGACUGGUCAACGAGAUCACGAGCUCCGUGAAGCAGAAGCGCAGCUCCGCACGGAACCGCACCAUUCAGAAUCUCACCCUGGAUCUGACGCCCGUCUGGAAGUAGGCGGGAAUCAGAUCAGAGAUAGGAUAACUCCGCAGUGCGUUUGAAGACCGUAGGAUGGUUGCAAUGGAGUUCUAACGACUGACUUGGCUCUACAUCGCUAUACAUACUACCAUUGACUACAUGACACUGAUGAUGACUCAUUGACAGACAACAGACGCUAUUUGAUUACUGACCACAUUCCUUACCUGUGAGAAUUUUCAGUUUCAGCGCGGCUGUUUUAGGGCCUUCAGAACGCACUUGCACAUUUAGCUAUUACAUACAUGCAUAGAUAUGGAUUAGAUCGACUGUUGUACACUUAAAAGGAUAGAGCCUCGAGGAGCCUCGUUUGUAAAUCGUGUUAGUCUAGUGAAUAAGCAGAGGAGAAUACCGAGAAUUCCUGGCUGAAGCUUUGUACAUUUUCUGCCGGCUACAGAGAGAUCCGCUUGAGCGCACCCCACCACUUUCUAUUUAUAAAGGAGCUAACUUACACGUCGCUACACAUUAUAUUAUCGCAGAUCGCAACGCGAUGCCGUUGUUUAUAACUGUUCAAAGUAUGCGUAAAAGUUGAUUAAGUACAUGUAAUCAUAACUCUUGUAUCCGCAUAUAUCAAAUGCACAUAUAUUCGACCUUACUUGUACCCUGCUCCUGCAUUCGUUUCAGCACGAGCGACGUAUUGAUCAUACAGAAUACAUCGAUAUUCGCAAUACGAUUCCCAGUUCAGAAAAAAAAAAUUUCGAUUGUUGAAAUAGUUAUCCGAAAAUGUUGUGAAACUUUUGUGCUUGCGCAGAUCUUUGUUUACGUUGUGAAGUUUUCGUUUUGUUCCCCUAUUAACUACAAUGUCAAUGUAUAACGCAAGAACUACUUGAUAGCCUAAUUUAAUUUUAGUCGGCGUUGCUAUGCAGCCCAAACUAUUUAGUUAAUUCGCUUAGUUUUAAUUCUCCCUAAGUGCGUCUAAGUUGUAAGCGACGUCUAUAUAAUUGUACAAGCUGAUGAUGCAAAGCAAACCCCUAACGAACAUUAUAUUACCUAAUUGUAGCUGCUAUUAUAGUUUUUCUAACCGUUUUUGAACAAUUUUGUUUGAUUUAUCUGUAAUUGUAAAUGCAUUUAAGUACUUGUAAUAUUAAAUUUUAUGCUUUUAAGUUAAAUUCAUUUACAAUAAUUUAAUACACACACGAACACACAAAGAGAUCGAAAAUACACAAAACAGCAAUAAUAAAUGAAAAUACAAACUAAAGAAC